GAGGUGGUGGCCCGGGUCGCGGAGGCGUGGGAGGCCUCGGGGCGGGAGGAGGCGGCGCCGGAGGCCCGGGCCGCGGCGGCACGGGCGGCUGCGGCUCCGGCUCUGCGGGUACUCUUGCGCCUGGUGACCCGCCGCGAGCCCGGCGCGCGUGGUCCAUGGUGGGGUUCAGGCUUCCUCCCGCAGAAGUGAAGCGUGUCGUGGAAGGCGCGCUGCGGCUGUGCUGAGAUCUUGGACUGAGAUGAGUUCCGAGAUGCUUCUCGCAUCACCCCCAUCGCUUGGCUCAGACACUUACGGGCGGCAAAAUUUGGGGUCUUCCUGCCUUACGACGUGCUCACCUACACGCUUCUCGGUGCCUUGGCAACGCGCGACGGGGCGUGGCCUCACAGAGACCAGACUGUACUUAUUGCCAGAGGCUACCUAUGCCCUAGUAACUGUCCCCCACUGCGCAACCUUGAGAGAGGGCGUGUCCUCAUCCUCUAGCUUGGAUAAAAGAUUAUUAUGCCCAUUUUAAUAGCAGCCUCAGGAAUUUCUUCCUUUUUUUUUUUUUUUUUUAAGACAGGGUCUCCUGUAACUUGGACUAACUUUGUACUCUGUAUGUAGCUGAGUGAAGAUGAUGUUGAAUUCUUGAAUCUUUUUGCCACCACACCACCUCUUCAAGUGUUUGACUUAAACGCCUUCCCUUGCCUCCAUGUGUUCAUUCACUCUUUCUGCAAAUAUUUGUAGAGUGGCUGCUCUCUCCAGGUGCUGUUUCCCCCACUGAGCAGAACAAGGAACUAGCCUCCCUCUUUAGCCUUUAACCAGUGAUGCAAAUGGAGAAAACCCAGUCACCAGAAUAAAUCUUAUUUACAAAACUGAUGAAAGCUGUGCAGAGGAACCAGGAAACUGAACCCUUUCCUGGAGUGUGAGUGCUUCGAGGGGACUCUACUUAGGGCAGUGUUGGGGAAUUCCACUUCACUUCUUCCGGAUGCUCAGAGCUCCUCCAAGCUCCCUGUGGUAGUCAUCCACAGUCAUGGCAAGCCCAAGACACCCAGUAUCAGCCCAUGCUGUAGCCUUGGUGCAAAUGGACCGACUCCAGACAUUUGCCUUCUCCGUGUGCUGGUCAGACAACAGUGACACAUUUGUGCGGAGGAGCUGGGAUGAGUUCAGGCAGCUCCAGAAGACCCUUAAGAAAACCUUCCCAGUGGAGGCAGGCCUGCUACGGAGAUCCGAACAAGUUCUUCCCAAGCUUCCUGAUGCUCCAUUGCUGACACGCCGGGGGCAUACUGGUCGUGGCCUGGUACGUUUGCGGCUGCUGGACACCUAUGUACGGGCAUUGCUGGCAACCUCAGAACACAUAUUGAGGAGUUCAGCACUCCACGGCUUCUUUGUACCCAAACCUCUGGAUCUGGAGCCCAUGCUGCCUCCUGGCAGCCUGGUGAUCCUGCCUACACCAGAGGAGCCCUUAUCCCAACCGAGAGGCAGCCUUGCCAUUCAUAGCCUGGAGGCUCAGAGCAUUCCCUGUGUACAGCCUUUCCACACUCUUGACAUAAGAGACAGACCUUUCCACACCAAGGCUCAAGAAAUUCUGGACAUAUUACUACGACAUCCUUCAGGUUGGUGGCUGGUAGAGAACAAGGAUCAGCAGGUAGCCUGGUUUCCAGCUCCCUACCUGGAGGAGGUAGCAACAGGCCAAGGCCAGGAGUCAGGCCUGGCUUUGCAAGGAAGUGGGAGGCAGUUCUGCACUACCCAGGCCUAUGAGGGCAGUCGCUCUGAUGAGCUAUCCGUGCCCUCAGGGGCACGUGUCCAUGUGCUGGAGACCUCAGACCGAGGCUGGUGGCUGUGCAGGUAUAAUGGCCAGAUAGGCCUACUCCCUGCAAUGUCGCUGCAACCUGAAGGGCUGGGCUCACUCCUGGGCAGGCCAGGGUUCCCAGACAGUGCUGGGGCAGACAAGGUGGCUGAGGACAGGACCGUUCCCCCUGUAGUACCAACUCGUCCCUGUAUGAGUGCCAUCCAGAGUCGAUGCUGCUCCAUUACCCGCAGGGCACUGGGACAGGAACAAGGGACUCGGGUUCCCCGUUGAGGAUUGUAUUGCUGCUCUGCAGAGAGGUUGUACUGUCAAAGCCAACCUCAGGCAAAGCAGGGAUCUAGACCUCACCAAGAAAGCAGGAUUAAGAGUGGGGCUCUAUGGCUGGCCGGGCCACGGGCCAGCUAACUUUCUAUUUCCUCUAAAUAAAACUGGAAUGACUUCACCCAAA